ACACACCCUUUUGCGUGAUUUGGCUCGCUGUUGCUUGUUUUUAUUCAAAGUAAACAAAGUGAAGAUAAGCAUGCACGAUAUUAAUUAACACUUAUGAUACCUGACUUAGAUCCAUGUCAAAUGAUCACACAUCCUUAUAAGGAAGAGAGUGUGAAAUUGGUUCAGGGAGCUAAAACUUGAAAGAAGAUGAAGAACUCUGCUUCGGAAAGCGGUUUGUACAUAAUUGAGAGCGAUGAAGAUGUUGAGAAGGAUCUGCAGAAAGACGAAAACGAUGGAAACGAAUCCGAUUAUUCGAAUGAUUCCAAUGAAAACCAGUCAAUGAGGAAACCCAGCAAUUACAGCAUCGCAUGGCCUCAAAGUUACAGGCAAUCCAUUGAUCUAUAUGGCAGUGUACCAUCCCCAAAUAUUGGGUUUCUGGGCACCACAUCACUGUCAAGAUUAGGCAGUUCUUUUAUUUCUUCAUCUUUGACAAGAAGGCACACUCUUGAAGUGUUACAACCAGAAAAAAAACCACUCUUGAAACCCACAGAAGAGGAGCAACCGCGACAUACCUUGCUUCCUCCCCAGAUAUCUAGGAAGUCUUCCAUUAGAAUUUCCAAGGUUUCUCAUGAACCUCACAUUCCUGGCCAAUGCACUUUUGGGCAAGCUGUGCUUAAUGGUAUAAAUGCCCUUUGUGGUAUAGGAAUCCUUUCAACCCCUUACGCAGCCAAAGAGGGUGGAUGGGUUGGUCUUUCUAUAUUGUUAUUGUAUGCAGUUUUUUCCUUUUAUACCGGCUUGCUCUUGCGUUACUGCUUGGAUAGUGCACCUGGUCUUGAGACAUACCCUGACAUCGGCCAAGCAGCUUUUGGUACUACUGGACGUGUCAUCAUCUCUAUAAUACUAUACAUGGAAUUAUAUGCUUGUUGCAUUGAGUACAUAAUUGUGGAGAGCGACAACUUAUCUACAUUAUUUCCAAAUGCGCACAUUAGUUUGGGUGGAACUCAACUCAAUGCUCAUAUUUUGUUUGCAAUAUUGACUGCCUUGGCUCUUCUUCCUACUGUUUGGCUACGUGACCUACGCAUUCUCAGUUACAUCUCAGCUUGCGGAGUUGUUGCAACGAUUCUAGUGGUUCUCUGCUUGUUCUGGGUUUGCUUUGUAGACAAUGCUGACAUUCAUACCCAAGGAACAACAACAACAUUCAACUUUGCAACUUUUCCUGUUGCAAUAGGUCUCUAUGGUUACUGCUAUGCAGGGCAUGCUGUGUUCCCUAACCUCUAUACUGCCAUGGCAAAUCGGAAUCAAUUCCCUGGAGUGCUCUUAGUAUGUUUUGCCAUUUGUACAACUAUGUAUUGUGCAGUAGCUAUUAUGGGUUACGCAGCAUUUGGAGAAGCAACACUCUCUCAGUAUACUCUUAACAUGCCCCAACACUUGGUGGCCGCCAAGAUAGCUGUGUGGACUACGGUGGUUAAUCCAUUUACCAAAUAUGCAUUGAGUCUAUCUCCAGUAGCAAUGUGUCUAGAGGAGUUGAUACCAACAAACAGUCCCAACUUUUUCAUAUAUUCCAAGCUCAUCAGAACAGCUCUAGUAGUUUCUACACUGCUUGUUGGUCUUUCAGUUCCCUUUUUCGGUUUGGUGAUGUCAUUGACUGGAUCUUUACUCACAAUGUUUGUGUCCUUGAUUCUUCCCGCUGCUUGUUUCCUAAGCAUAAGGGGUGGCAGAAUCACGCGCUUUCAGGUAUCACUUUGUGUUACAAUUAUUGCAGUAGGUGUUGUAUCGAGUUGUUUUGGAUCAUACUCAGCCCUCUACGAGAUCAUUGAGGAAUUGUUUAAAGCCUAGACACUGAGACAUGUAGCAAUCAAAGUCUAGUACAUCUAUUAUUCUACAUUUUUAUUUCUCAUUCCAAAUGUUGAGUCUUUUUUUAUUGAUAGUUUAUUUUCCAUUGUUUCUAUUAUUGUGGUUAUUCUAGUUUUGUUUCCGCGUCAUAAAAAGAAAAUUUGCUCAUGUUUAAUGUAUGAGCAUAGUUAGCAAUAUAGCAUUGCGAAUGAAAACAUUGAUUGAUGAAAUAAUGCAUAAUUGCAUUAGCAUUUUCUUGACCACAGAUUAAACGAUGUUAUCUCCUCCCUCCUCUUGAAGAACAAUGGAUGAUCUUACCUGAAGGAUAAGGCUUCUACCUUUGUUGGAUACAACUCAUGUUUAUUUCCAUGAUUUUGCUUUGUUUCAUUGUUCUUUCUUCCUAUUUUAUGCAGAACAUAGACAUGGCUGUUUGAAGAAGGAAAAAAUUUAAUAUCACAUUAGUUAGUGUCUCA